CUGUCAUGUGCUCAGCUGUGUCCUAUCACAGCUGAUUGCCAGGGCACUGAUGAUCAGUGUAGCCCCAUCAGUUCCACCUGUCAGUGCCCAUCAAUGCCACAUACCAGUGCCCAUCAGUGCACAUCAAUGUCAUGUAUCUGUGCCUACCAGUGCAUAUCAAUGCCACAUAUCAGAGCUGCCUUUCAGUGCCACCAAUCAGUGCCAACUAUCAGUACCAGUCAGUGCCACCUAUCAGUGCCAGUCAGUGCCACCUAACAGUUCUAACCAGUCCUGC